AUGGCGACCACGCCUGAUGCUUCUUCUUGGGCUGCGCUCCUGCUGUUUCUUCUGCUCCAUGGAUCCCUCUCGCGACGCACAGCUGAUGCUGCCGACACGAUCACGGCGAGCCGGCCGCUCUCCGGCAACCAGAAGUUGGUGUCCCAGGGUGACAAGUUCGCCUUAGGAUUCUACCGGCCAGGUACUGGUGGACCUCUUAGCAACUGGUAUAUAGCAAUUUGGUACAACAAGGUCUCCAUCCAGACUGCCGUGUGGAUAGCAAACAGAGAGGCACCAAUCUCCAACCCAGAUGAGUCCCAGCUCACCAUCUCUCAAGAUGGCGCCUUGAUCUUGCUUAACCAGUCUAAAUCAGUAGUCUGGUCGAGCAAUAAUGUCCACAAUGCCACCUUGCCCCAUGUUAAUAAUUCCAGCAAGGAGGCCAUGACUACGGUUGCUGUGCUACUUAACACGGGUAACCUUGUGCUUUCAGAUGCGUCUAACGCCUCACAUGUGCUGUGGCAAAGCUUCGACCACCUCACUGACACACAGCUUCCCAACAUGAAGAUUGGCUGGAACAAGGCUACGGGUGCAAGCACACGACUUGUGUCGUGGAGAAACCACUAUGACCCAUCCCCGGGCCUCUUCUCCGUCGAGAUGGACCCCGGCGACAAUAGUCAGUAUGUCUUCCUGUGGAACAACUCCAUACCCUACUUCACCGGUGGGAAGUAUGACCGAAACACCGGUGCUUUCAGUGGCAUUCCAGAGAUGACACCAAUGAUAUCGAAUUCCAUGUACACAUUCCAGUAUGUGGACAAUGACAGGGAGGCCUACUUCAUGGUCACGAUCAAGGACGACAGCAUCUUCUUCCGUCUCACCAUUGACGCAUCUGGCCAGACAAGGUCGACGGUCUGGAUGGAGGAUAGGAAGGAGUGGAUGCUCUUCUUCCUCCAGCCUAAGGCUAAGUGUGCCGUGUACUCGAUGUGUGGUCUGUUCAGCAGGUGCGCAGAGAGUGCUCUCCCUCCCUGUAGCUGCCUCAAGGGCUUCCAUGAGCAGAGCCCAAGCAGCUGGAUCUCAGGGAAUUAUGCUAAAGGUUGUGUGAGAAACGUGGAUCUGCAGUGUCGCAGCAACAGCUCGGCACCGAAGAAGACAAGGGAGGACAAGUUUUACAUGAUGAACAAUGUGCGGCUGCCUGAUUGGUCACGUGGUGUGCCUGCUGAGAGUGUUGGUGACUGCAAGGCUGCUUGCCUAGACAACUGCUCGUGCUCGGCAUACUCUUACAAUGGCACCUGCUUGCUGUGGUACACUGAUCUGGUGAAUCUUCAAGACAGCCUUGAUGGCUCUGGUGACAGCAUUUUUAUCAGGCUGGCUGCGUCUGAGUUGCCUGACUCAAAGAUCAAGAAAUGGCGAGUGGUUUCCAUCAUCGUUGGUGGGCUCGUCGCUCUGGCUUGUGGAGUCACUGCUUGUAUAUGUUUCCUCAGGAAGAGAGCUAUGCAGGCAGUGCUACCUAGUACAGCUGAUGGCCGUUUAGCCACCUUCAAGUACAGUGAUUUGCAGCUUAUAACAAAGGGCUUCUCAGAGAAACUGGGGUCAGGAUCAUUUGGCUCUGUGUUUAAGGGGGUUCUACCGGAUAAAACUGUUGUGGCAGUCAAGAAGUUGGAAGGCCUUCGUCAGGGUGAGAAGCAAUUCCGAGCAGAAAUGAGCACCAUCGGAACCAUCCACCACAUCAACUUGGUCCGGUUGCUGGGCUUCUGCUCCCAUGGUGUGCAGCGUUUGCUCGUCUAUGAACAUAUGCAAAACGGUUCCCUGGAUCACCAUUUGUUUGCGAAAAAUGCUGGAGGUUUGAGCUGGAGCAGAAGAUACCAAAUUGCCGUAGGAGUCGCCAAGGGGUUAGCCUAUCUACAUGAGAAGUGCAGAGAUUGCAUCAUUCACUGUGACAUCAAGCCAGAAAAUAUACUGCUCGAUGCGUCGUUUGUUCCCAAAGUCGCAGAUUUUGGGCUGGCAAAACUCCUGGGUCGAGAUUUCAGCAGGGUGCUCACAUCAAUGAGAGGCACCAUAGGAUACCUUGCACCUGAGUGGAUAAGUGGCAUGGCCAUAACAUCGAAAGCAGAUGUAUUUAGCUACGGCAUGCUGCUUUUUGAGAUCAUAUCACAAAGGAGAAAUGUCGAGAAAGGUGAACAGGCCGGUGCAAGCAUGUUCUUCCCGGUACUAACAGCGAAGAAACUUCUAGAAGGUGAUCUGCUGCUAUUUUUGGACCCUGAAUCGGUGGAUGAAAUAGACUUGGAGGAGCUUGAGAGGGCUUGUAAGGUUGCAUGCUGGUGUGUUCAGGACGCAGAAAGCUCCAGGCCGUCGAUGGGUGAAAUUGUUCAGAUUUUAGAAGGGUUUGUGGAUGUUGGUAUUCCUCCCAUUCCAAGAUAUCUCCAUGUUCUUGCAGAAAGUGCAGACCAUGCUGAGAUUUCUGUAAGUGAGUAGGCAAUAGCGAUGAACAUACAUGGAAACACAAUGUUAUAUUGGUAUGACUGGACUGUGAAAUAUAUUAUGUUUCGAGUAUUGA